CCUCGAGCGGCGUCGAGCGCACCUAUUGCGACGCGACGCGGUCUAUAUUUUGAGGAGCCAGACGCCGCGAUUGAAUCAAUCUUUAUCACAUUAAUCAUGUGCGAGAGCUGCGGCUCAUCGGUUAAGCACCACGGCUAGUAAAAGCAGCAAAGGGGAGCCAGCAAAAAUGCGGCGCUGGCCCUGGGCCGCGGCCGUAACAAUACUAGCCGUCGGCGUGGCGCAGCUCCGCACCAAAAGACCAUUACCGUACGCCGGCAAGCCCUGCACCGCGUCCGGAUGUCGGCCGUCGUUCCUCAUCAUCGGCAUCGGCAAGUGCGGCACCUCAUCUUUAUACUACUACCUCGCCGCGCACCCUUCCGUGAUACAAGCGCGGCGGAAGCAGAUUCAAUUUUUUGACCACGCGUACGACGCGUCGCGCAUGGAACGGAGCUACCUGUCGCAGUUUCCCGCUUCAUUGAAGGAGGGCGAGGUCACGGGCGAGGCGUCGCCGGGCUACGCGCAGUAUUCGCAGGUGCCCGGGAGAGUGGCAAGGCAUUUACAUGGUGUGCGCAUCCUGGUCAUCGCGCGGGACCCCGCGGAGCGGGCCCAUUCCUCCUACCACUACAACUAUGUGGGGAGUGCUCGUGUACCGUUACCGUUCGAAAUGCUGGUCGGGGCGGAGAUUCAAUUUUUGGAGGCGUUCUUCCGGGACGGCACUUCGAGAAAGUGUGGAGACAAAGUUUGUAGGGAUCUCUCGAACGACUGCUACGGUGCGAAAUCCGCCGAAAGUCAAGCGGGAGCUGUCGCGCGGCGCUACGCCGGCGAGCAGGCGCGGAAGCGCUUCAAAGGCGAAGCGGCUGAUACCGCGGCGAAGGCCGCGCGGCGCACGGCCGUCGCCAUGUCACUACCGCGCCUGAAUGCGCAUCUCUGGCGCCAGCUCGUGGGGCGAGGGCUGUAUAUUUCAAAUUUAGACUGGUGGUACGCGGCUUUACCGGAGGAAGACAUGCUGCUCGUCUGCUCCGAGGAUUUGAACGACCUCCAAAAGGCGGCGAGCGAGAUGGGCCGCGUCGCCUCGUUCAUAGGACUAUCCCAAUUCGACUUUGGAGCGGCCGUGGCUCGCGGAAAGUACAACGCCGGCGCGCAGCAUCGUGGUUAUGGUGCCGUGACGAGUUGGACGGAUGCUGCUUCACUGGCAGAAAAGCGGCCGGCCAUAUCCACAGAAGCGCGUCAGCACAUCGACAACUUCACGGCGCCGUUCAACGAGCGCCUGUUUUCGCGGGCGGGCCACCGGUGCCGGUGGGGCCGCGACCGAGUGUAGCUCCCCCGCGACGCCAUCGACGCGGCGGUUCUUAUUACGCCCGCCAGUGGUCGACGGCGCCACCGACGCGGUCCCUACUACGCCUCGUCGACGGCGUGGAGGGUCGUACGUGUGAAAGUACUAGAAGUAAACUAAAC